UAUUUUGUGAAAGAGACUUCUUUCUUUUUCUUACAACCGAAUUAACAGUAAGAAAGAAAUCAUGAAUACCACAAAAACUUGUCUGAUUUUUUUUCUUGUAGUGAUAUUGGCAAAUCCAUUGUCCAAUUCCAACGUACUGGCUUCAUCGGGCGUCGAGGCAACGACAUCUACUGUGUACAUUUGCUAUAUACCUUGUUCACCAAAAUAUGGAACUUACGAAUGCUUCCAUGACUGUCUCUACAAACGUUAUCAUGAUGGAAAUUGUGUAAAUGGGCGUUGCUGUUGCUCAUAAUGAUUGAAGCCGUCACAUUUCUGGCACACUGGCAUUUAAACGCUUGAGUUAUGCUUUUCUAAUAUCAGAUUUUAUGUAUUCUGUUCAAUGAAAUAAAACAUUUUAUUAGGUGGAAACGAAGUAAAAAUAUAAUAUGCUGGAAACUCCAUAAUCAGAUUUAAUUGAUUUUUAACAUUAACUAGAAUUUGAUCCGCCCAACCGUGCGGUGUUUGUUUUUAUUUAUAUAUAUAAUUAUUUAUAUUAUUUUUCAAAUACCUAAAUUUCAUAGUUUGUUUGUUUUAUUCGAUUAAUUAUA